GGACAACCGCCCGGCUGGCGCGGAGCGGGGUGGUACGCCUGUGAGGUGUCCUCGACCUGACCCAGCGGCUGCGGUCCCCCGCGAUGCCGAGGCCACAGGCGGGCAGCUCGCCUCUCUGAGCCGGUCUCAACGCGGAGGGCACAGAGGGAGGCAGGCCAUGGCGGAGUCCUCCGAGCCCGGGCGGCUGGCGUCGGCGGACGGCGGCGGGAGCCUGGAAGAGGAGGACGACGAGGAGCGGGAACCACUGCUGCCUCGGAUCGCCUGGGCCCAGCCACCUAAGGGCGCCCCGGGGAGCGCCGUCAGGCUCGUGGAGGCUGCGGGCGAGGAGAGCGCGGCCUCCCCUCGCGAGGCUGGAGACAAGGAACUGCUGCUCCCGUCCUGGGACGCGCCCAGCGGGCCCUCCGGGAGCGUGAGUGGCUUCCGGAGCUCGCCCACCCGCCCAAAACGGAAACGCCCCCGAGGUGCAGGUGCGACCCGGCCCUUACCACCACCCCGCAGUCCUCCACGCGCGCGCGUUGCCGUCGCCGCCCAGCCCCUCCGGGGUCCCAUCUCUGUCCCACACCAGCACUUGCCUGGGAGGAAAGGCAGCCAGCCAGGCGACCCUCCCCUCCAGAGCACCGGCCAGGGGGCGCGUCGCCGGUCGAACCUCGGAGCCCUUGCCUUUCUCUCUGCUCCCCCGUUUCCUCGCACCUUUUCCAGGGGGCACUGGCCACGUCACUUAAGGCCUGUGGUUGUCACGGAACUGAUCCUUGGGGCCUCCCCUAAGAGUAAGCCUAAACUUUUGAAAUCAGACCCUGAGAAAAACUUAGCACGAUAAAAUGACGUAAGUUGUUUGCUCAAGUUUGGACUUGAGGUUUGGAUUAAGAACCCUGAACUAUCAGGAAGGUUCCCCGGGUUGUGAAUUUGCAAGGCAGAUGGAUGACAGCAGAGAGAUGCACAGCAAGAAUAUCUAGGUGCCGUUGGGACGCGUUUUCAAAACUUUUUCUGGUUAGUGUUAUUGUGACGUUAGCCAGAGGGGGCAGAGGCAGUUGAAUUUCUCUAGCUGCCAACUCUCUUGCAAAGUUUUCUUUCUUGAGUCAUUUCUAUUCUUAUACUAUAAGAGGUGGACUGGUAGCCUCAGGUGGAAAAGAGGGUAAUUGAUAUGAUAUGAUGUUGAAAACUAGUAAAAGUGUAGGCAUGCUCUUGCAAGCGUGGGUGUUUGUUGAUAAAGUAAGUUUUUUGGCAAGUUGAGUUGAGGUAGGCUACUUUGAUAGUAAAAUAGGGUGGAAUUGUAUGAAUCCUAGCUGGAGAUGAGACGGGCUAGUCUGUAAACUUAUGAUAACAUCUGUUUGUUGGUGGUUGGGAUGGU